AUGUUGUUAACCAAGAAAACAAUCCUCGGUGUCCCCAAAUCAGUUCGAUGUUACGAUUUUCCUCGCCUUUCAACAGCUUCUUUAUCCACUGCUUAUGAACGUGCUGAAGGUAGUAAUGCAGUGGCAGAAGGAAGUAGUGAGGAUGGGGCGAUGAAGAGAGAGGAUAUGUAUGAAGUGAAACAAGAGGAGUUGGCAAUGAGUAAUGAUGCAGCAAAAGAUGGUCCAAUAAAAGCUGUGGAAGGGGCUGACAUGGUGAGAGAUAGUGCCAAGGAAUCCAUGGAUGGAGCUUGGAUGGCAGCUCAAGAAACUGCACACAAGGUUAGAGACAAAGACAAGAAGGAUUGA